CGCCGUAUCGUUUGUGCUCGGUGCCGCCGCCCGCGAUGAGCAAGCGGAAGGCCCCGGCGGGGAGCCCCAACCAGGGCAUCACGGACCUCCUGACGGAGCUGGCGAAUUACGAGCGGAACGUGAACCGGGCCAUCCACAAGUACAAUGCGUACAGGAAGGCAGCCUCCGUUAUUGCCCGGUACCCCAGCGAGAUACGGAGUGGGGCCGAAGCCAAGAAGCUGGAUGGAGUUGGUGCUAAGAUAGCAGAGAAAAUUGAUGAGUUUUUAUCCACUGGAAAACUACGCAAAUUGGAAAAGAUUCGACAAGAUGAUACAAGUGCAUCUAUCAACCUCCUGACACGAGUUACUGGAAUUGGUCCAGCUGCUGCCAGGAAGUUUGUUGAGGAAGGAAUUAAAACUUUAGAGGAUCUAAGAAAAAAUGAGCACAAGCUGACCCAUCACCAGCGAAUUGGGUUGAAAUAUUUUGAAGACUUUGAAAAAAGAAUCCCAAGGGAAGAAAUGCUGCAAAUGCAGGAAAUUGUGCUGAAAGAGGUAAAGAACCUUGACCCAAAGUAUAUUGCUACAGUCUGUGGCAGCUUUAGACGAGGUGCAGAGUCGAGCGGUGAUAUGGAUGUUCUCUUAACCCAUCCAACUUUUACAUCUGAAUCAUCCAAACAGUCAAAACUUCUGCAUCGAGUUGUAGAACAGCUGGAAAAAGUCCACUUUGUCACAGAUGUGCUGUCUAAAGGUGACACCAAAUUCAUGGGUGUCUGUCAGCUGCCAAAUAAAGAAGAUGGAACAGCCUAUCCACAUAGGAGAAUUGAUAUCAGGUUCAUCCCUAAAGAUCAAUAUUACUGUGGUGUACUGUAUUUCACAGGCAGUGAUAUAUUCAAUAAGAACAUGAGAACACAUGCUCUGGAAAUGGGCUUCACAAUCAAUGAGUAUACAAUCCGUCCCUUGGGCGUCACUGGAGUUGCUGGGGAGGCCCUACCAGUAGAAUGUGAGAGAGACAUUUUUGACUACAUCCAGUGGAAAUACAGAGAGCCAAAGGAUCGGAGUGAAUAAUUGCUUGUGUAGGUUUGUGACUUGAGACAUUUUCAAAGCUUUUCGUGAACAUAGAAACCGCAUAUUCUUUCUUUGGAUGUUACUGCAAAAAACGUACAUUAAUGAUGCUUUAAAGCAAGUCCAUGGCACUAGUGCAAAAUGUCUAGUAAAAAUCAAAUCCUUUCUCCACUCUAGAUAAAGAGGAUGAGAAUCCUAAUGCAAGAUAGUGCAUCGGCUCUAUCUUAUCAGCAUGAUAGAUAUCGACACUGGAUAGUGUCGAUACUUUGUCUUUUGAUUUAUUUGUCCUGGUAGGCUGAAAUACUUUAUCCCCUUUAAGCUACAACCAUCCCUUGCCUCUUAAAGAUGUUAUUUUUCUGAUUUUAUGGUCUGAUGCUUCUAAUAUUUUAAAAUUUGACUUGGUUCUGAGCCAUUCCUUUUAUCGUUCCUUUGUUCAGUUUUAACUUCUUACAGCUCUCUACAGACUUCAGUGCAAAAAAGGAACUGUAUAGCUAUAGAUGUUCAUGGAGGGUUUGAUGUGGAUGUGACUGGACAAAAUUAAAAAUCAUGUACCAGAGAAAAUCAACCUAUCUUUUUUUCUCUCCCUCUCCCAAUAUUCUGAAUUGUUCUGAGAUACAUUCCUGCAUAAAAGUUUAAAGAGAAACACCCAUUCUUGAUGUAGGUCCCAGAUUCUAUUUUCGAUGUAGGGUGUGACUUUUAUUUUUCCAACAGAAAGUCUUACCCAAAAACUUUGAGUGGUAAAGAACAAGCAGGGUCUCUGCUUUUAAGUAGUUACUCUCUCAAAAAGAAGGUGAAAUUGUCCAACAUAGGCUUUUAACAGAUGACUAUUUAACCUAGCAGCAGCAUUCCUGCUUCUGAAGACAGAUUCUACCUCUUUGGUUGGCUAAUCAGCCUUCUCCUGAACGAGACUGAAUUUUUGAUUUGAUGUAGGCAUCUGCAUCCUUGUAACUGCAUGUUCCACUAGCUCUUUCCUCUGAUCUGUCUCUAGUUCUCAUGUUUUUUAUAUGCAAACCUGACAGCUCUGCUAGCUCCUUUUAAAUUAUUUUGAGAGGUAAUGACUAUUCUGGACUUGAGAAGAGGUCCAAUCAAGAUUGCAUUACUUAACUGUAUUUGAGACAAGAGUUCUGUUUAUGAACUUCUUAAAGUGACUAGUUUUGAUUAGUGAAAUAGUAAUUUUGAUAUAUUACAGAGCAUCUGUAUGGAACGCAUUGCUGUCUUUUUAUCUAGAUACCUUGUGGGAGUAUAAGGCAAAUAUAGAACUGCAAGCUUGGAAAGCCAACUCAGAUAAGAAAGACUUUAUAGAUAGUCCAAUUGACUAUUACUAAUUCAAUAAUGUUAAUUGAUUUGUAAAUAGUUAGGCCCUCUACCAGCCUUUGUGAAUGUAGAGAAUUUGUAUCUGUACUGUCAGAAUACAUAGCCUUUGAAUGAAUUGUGGAACAGAUGGAUAUUUUUGCCUUACUUGAGCCUACAGAACACCACCUUUACUUCUUAUAUAAUUAGUGUUGAUCAUUCUUAGUAAUAGAGAUUAUAUAUAGACUAAUACUCUUGCUUUUCCCUUAUCUGAUGUCUUCCACUGCCUCAUAGUAAAAAAAUAUUUAGCUACUGUAUUCAGUGUUUUCUUCAAUAAUCUGCAGAAAUAAAGUGACAUUUCAAUCCA